AUGGCUCGAUUAAACCGCUCGCAUUUUCUGGCCCUCGCAGUUGUUUUCCACUUACUCUAUGUCUAUUCUAUCUUCGACAUUUACUUCGUGAGCCCCGUUGUCGGGGGCAUGAAGGCCCACCGCGUCCAGGUUUCUCCUCCUGCUCAACGCGUCGUGUCCUUUGUCGCUGACGGUCUCCGCGCGGACAAGACCUUUCAACAAUUCCCCGACCCGUCCCCAGACGCCCCCACAGAUGAGUCGGCGCAGAUACCACGUUACUUAGCUCCCUUUCUGCGCACACGAGUGUUGGAACAUGGUACCUUUGGAGUCUCAUACACGCGCCUCUACGAAGACGUCUCCGCUGUGACCACGGGCUGGAAGCUGAACCCAGUGGGCUUCGAUAGCGUGCUGAACCGCAGCCGACAUGCGUGGAGCUGGGGCAGUCCCGACAUCCUGCCGAUGUUCGCGCAGGGGGCCGCACCAGACCGCGUGGAUACAGACAUGUACAGCGCCGACGCGGAAGAUUACAGCAAGGACGCCACCGAGCUAGAUAUCUGGGUCUUCGACCGCGUGAAGCGCUUCUUUCGUUCCGCCACCGACAACCCAAGCUUGGAGACUGCCCUGAGACAAGAUCAGAACAUCUUCUUUCUCCAUCUGCUCGGCCUGGACACUUCCGGCCACUCUUACCGGCCCUACUCGCGCGAAUAUCUGCAUAAUCUCCAGGUGGUCGACAACGGCGUGCGCGAGAUCUGCGAUGAGUUGCAGGCUUUUUUUGGGGAUGACCGGACGGCUUUUGUUUUUACCGCGGACCAUGGGAUGAGCGAUUGGGGCAGCCACGGGGAUGGACACCCAGACAAUACCCGGACGCCCCUCAUCGCGUGGGGCGCUGGCGUGGCCCGUCCCAAGGCAGGGCCCCCGGGCAGCGUGGCGGCUGGACACGAUGGGUUUUCUGCCGAUUGGCACCUGGAUCAUGUGCAGAGGCAUGAUGUCGCCCAGGCUGAUAUUGCGGCGCUGAUGGCAUAUCUGGCGGGGGAUUCCUCCACUCAGGCGGAAGCGAUGUUGGUUAAUGCGCUGGAGAUCUUGGAGAUGUAUCGAGUCCGAGAAAGUCGUAUGAUGGCCUCGAAGCUCUGGUAUGUGCCCUUUCCGGCACUCAGUCACGGCCAAGGUCCAAAUCAAGAAGAAAGAAUUGCUCGAAUCCGUAAUGCGAUCCGUCAGGGGCAUUUUCGGGGGGCGAUUGAAGGCUCUCUGAUCAGCGUCGGCUACCUGGGGUGGAUGGCCUUCGCUCUCACGAACGCGCUCAGCCACUUUGACCUACCAAGCGCAGAUAAUAGUCUUAAGCCAAGACGUUCUACUGUCCGCCUCACCGUGAUGGGAUUUGUCAGUCUUGCUCUUCUGGUGAGACUGUACUCGCAGAAGUCUCCGAUGCAAUAUUAUGCGUACGCUGUUUUCCCGGUCUUAUUCUGGGCUGAGGUAUGGGCCUGUCAAGAUACCUGGACCCAGGCCAUUAGGGCACUUUCCACACGGAUAUCCGCCAGCAACGUGACUGCAGAUGUGGCCGGGGUGCUGCUCUUGGGCCUGCUCUUAGAGGCGAUCCAACAGGUUCAAAGUUAUCAUGAUCGCAGGAUUUACACACUCAUCUACAUUCUCGCCCUCUUCUGGCCCGCUAUCUAUGGCAUUGAUUUUAUCCGUGCCAAUCGCCUCGUAUGUUUGGCGUGGGCAGUUCAAUGUGGUGCUAUGAGCAUUUUCACCCUUCUUCCGGCCAUGAAAACGGAGGAUACUACUUUGAUCACCUUGGGUGGUCUCCUCAUGUUUUCCUGCGGUGUCUUGUAUAUCAUCUUCGAACCGACAAUACUCCAACGAGCAUCAUUAGGAAAUGUGGUUGAGAUUGACCGGUUAGGAAGAUUGCUUCUGAUGUUCCAGGUCGGAUUAGUACCUUUGGCCAUAUGUAUGACGCGGUCCGCAGCGGCCUCCCUGCAGUCUAGAGAAGGACUCCCUCGUCCGACACAGAUCCUAGGAUGGACAAUACUCGUGACGUCCUUUAUCCUCCCGUUCUUCGCUCUGCGGACCAGACGCCACCACAUUUACCAACUAGUAGUCCUCUUCUUCACAUUUGCCCCACUAUUCAUACUCCUCACUAUCUCCUACGAGGACCUCUUCUACUGCUGCCUGCGCGGCACGCUCUUCACCUGGGUACAACUGGAGUCUAAAGUCUCUGACUACCACCCAGAGCAGCCCGCAACCCCAUCCAUCGCCCGAAAAUCACCACAACUCCGGCCCCUCCGCUUCUCCGACGCGCGCAUUGCCCUCUUCUUCCUCUACCUGUCUCACUCCGCCUUCUUCAGCACCGGGAACCUCGCCUCGAUCUCCUCCUUCUCCCUGGACGCCGUGCUGCGUCUCCUCCCGGUCUUCGAUCCCUCCAGCCAGGGCGCCCUCCUGAUCCUCAAGAUCCUGGCGCCCUUCGUGCUCGUCUCGGCGAACCUGGGGCUCUUGACCCGCGCGCUGCGCCUGCGGCCUGGGGCACUCUUCGUGCUGGUCGUCGCCGCGAGCGACUAUCUGACGCUGCGGUUCUUUUGGUGCGUCCGGGAUGAGGGCUCGUGGCUGGAGAUCGGGGAGAGUAUCACGGUGUUUGUGCUGGCGUCGUUGCUCUGUGGGUUUGUGGCGGGGCUGGAGAUGGUUGGGGAGGGGGUUGCAAGCUCCAUUAACCCUCACUUCAAGCCUCAGACCACUCAUCAAAAGACCUUGGACACCAUGAUACCUUUUCAAUUCUCCUUGGGGACCUCUCCAGCUGAUACGACGUGCUGA